AUGACGCCGCAUUAUCUUGUCACAGACACUGAACUUGACCCUGGCGUCGCCAGCCCUACAUCACCAAAACCAGGCACAACGACACCAUCCUCAACAAUGCCAGCAUCACCGAAACCAUCAUCAACAACGCCACCCCCACCUCCUUCCCCAUCACCCCCUCCUCCUCCACCUCCACCCCCACCUCCUCCCCCAUCUCUGCCGCCCGCACCUACACCCCCACCUCCGCCACCCCGUCCUCCUCCAACUACCACACUUCCUCCGGUAAAACCGCCCGUGUUGUCUUGCACGGUCGGGCACCAGGCCGUGAUCAAGGAUAUGGUGCCCCCCGAUGGAACAUGCGACAGCAUAUUCUACACGGACGUUUUCUUGAACGACAAGACCAACAAGAUAGAACCAUUGUACAGUGACACCGCCUUCAAGGUGGUCCGGUCCGCCGCAGCGACAUACUCGAAGACAACGUUUGGAACUUCGAUGUAUCCGGGAACCAUCGGUGAAUUGGUACGCAACAAACAGCAGGAUAUUGAGAGCGCCAUGACCAAACUCUUCAACGACAACUUCGUGCACUUCGGCAUGCUCAAUGUAGAUAAUAUAGAGGACUACGACAAACUCAAAGAUGGCCCACUUCAGUACUUGAGGGUAAGCAUACGUAUACAUG